AAACACUAUUCUUUCAACAAACCAUCCCCAGUAAGUUUCAUGACUGUCAUACAUACCAACGCCAGCCUUUCAGCCGAAUUCAGAAGCUUGUACCGGCUCUUUCUUCGAGCCAAUUCCGCGGUAGUCCUUCACCAUUCGCCGUCGAAAAUACAAGUCCGUCGGUUAUGGAGACCUGUCUUCGACGAGGCUGCGCUCAAAAUCCACAGGCUUCAGCAUCAGGACGUUCAUCCACCUGAGCGGACACAUAUUGUCCAGUGGCUAUAUACAUGGCACAAACGGGUAGAUCAUACGCUUUCGCUACUCGCAACCGCGGCGAUAUCACGAGGAAUUGCACAUAACAUCACUCGCAAUUUGAGAUGGCUACGACAAAACCAUGUUGUGUGGGUCGAGAAGUUGUAUUAUUCCCACAAGUCUUUUUGGAAACCGCAACUCCCACCCACGUCUGCGCAGUACCAGCGUUAUUCUAUCCCAACACCCGGUAGCAAACCCGGCCACGUACUCGGGAAAAAUAGGAAAAUGAGGUUGUUUGACGAGCAAUGUUCGAAUGCGAUUGGUGAGGUCGUAAAGAUGGCUGAAGGAAGGCACAACGUCAUUCUGGGAAGACUUCGCCUUAAACGAUGGCAGCAAGAAUGGUCGUCAUGACUGUGGGCACGUAAUCACGCAUUGGAUCAUUUGAUUGACGAAAGUCGGUCAAUUUCUUUUGUUGUAGUAAGUUAUUCACCUACUCUCAUCCUUGACCGAUACUUGUUUAUGCACGGAUACAAUCUUGCAGACAAAUAUCCAUUCCCUAUCACUGCAAGACAAUAAAUUAUGGCACCUGGCAUUCGUCCAGUGAACUCUGUUUAGCUUUGGGCUAUUCUAUUCACGGACUUCCGGCCCCACACCUAUUGUUCAAAGUUAUAGGCCCAUCUGUCAAAUGUCACGUGUGCAAUGUGGGUGCUUUGAAGACGUACUCCCAUAACGGGUGCGCGUUAUUGUGGACGUCAGGUAUG